AUGCAGAUGAAUAAACCGACGAGUUCAUCUUCGGCUUCCGGUUAUGGUAAUCAACAUCGAGAUUCCGAUCAUUUUGUUGAUCAAUCGGUUGGCGGGAUUAGAUUCAAAUCCAACCAAUGUUUUCAGUCUGAUCAAAAUGAUAAUUCUAAUUCGACAAAGCCGUUGUCGGAUUCAGCCGGACAUGCAGAUGACGAUGACGAAGAAGAGUUUCUAGAUUGUGAGGAUGGCGUGGAGGAUAACCAUGAAGGUGAUGGUGAUUUUACGUUUGUGUGUGCGAGAGGGAAUAAUUCGUCUGUUCCUGUGGAUAAACCGUCAGGAAACGGCCACAUCCAGCCGGAAUUUCCGUUGUUUGAUCAGAAUUUGUUGUCUGGCGUAGGAGGAAACCGAUUGCCGAUUCAACCUCAUGUAGACAAGGUAUUUGUUGAAUCGUCUCAUCGAGUUACAUCUUCUACGUCGGAAUAUGACGAAAUUGAAUGCAUAGCGGCAGGGCCGUACUGCACCUGGUCAAAACAAUCGGCGACGGACAAUCCGGAACUCAGUAAAAAGAGCAAUUCAACCGGUUUCUCCAAGCUCUGGAGAUUCAGAGGUAAAGUUGGUCGGUGCAAUAGCGAUGGCCGUGAUGCAUUUGUCUUCCUAAAACGUUCAGAUAGGUCAUCAACCUCGUCAAAGUCGGUUGCCAAGCGGACGACUGUAGGCGGAUCUUCGGUGAAGGCCAACGGCACCACCGGAGGAGGAAAACCGAAAGUUGUAAAGAAGACAACGAAGGAGCAAAAGGCAAAUUUAUCGGCACAUGAGGUUUACUUGAAAAAGAAAGAGCAAACGGAAGAAGAACGCCGGCGGUCUUACCUACCUUACCGGCCGGAAAUCUUGGGGUUCUUCACCAAUGUGAACGGUGGCUUAAGCAGAAAUGUACACCCCUACUAA